CACCCCUCGGUCCAGAAUGCCACGCUUUACAGAAGGUACUGGGAUACCCAUCCGUAAUGUACAAGAUGUGUUCCCCGUGGCCAAGAGCGCGCCCAAUCAAUCCGCUGUGCCGGACCAGAUCCGCGUGAAAAACCGUCGGAAGCGAUAUCUGGACACGCACCCGGAUUACUUUGGCCCGCAGCUUGAGCUCGCAGAUCCCUUGUUGUAUGACCGCCUGAUACGCAGGUUCCAGACCCCUGCCGAACGCGAGGCCGAAGGACGACAGAAAGGCUACUCUGGUAUCCUCGAGGCUGACCUCUACCGUAGCGAGGCCAAACUUGAUGCUCUACGACACCCGGAUCCCAACAGCAUCUUCACCUAUAAACGAGGCCCUCAUGGGGAGAUAUUGGCGGAAGAGCGCGACGAAGUGCCCGCGAACAAGGAGGACGGACAAGCGCGGUGGCGAUGGGAGAUGGAAACCAGAUUCAUGCGAGGGGGCGACGAUGACUUUGACUACUCGACGGUAGACGACAAUCCCGACUACGAUGACAGGGCGAUUGAAGAGCAGGACGCGGAAGACCGGUAUUUUGACGCACAAGAACCCGAGUUCCUCGUCGAAUCCGACCAAGGCAGCUCACAAAGUCAGGGCAGAGGCAGGGAAUUGCAGGGUGAGACUGGCAUUCAAGACUUUUGAAAGAUGACUUGAUGCCGUGCAAAAGUUGACUUGCGAUAUCGAUGUUCGGAAAAACCAUUGAUCAUGGUCCCACAGUUCUCAGGCGGUCAAGAUAUCUACAGGAUCCAUCAAGCCCCUCAAGCUACUGGCACAUCGGACAUGAGGCAUCCUGCGAAAGACCUGCUCUCCUUCGGUCUUGGUCAUGAACUCCUGCCACUCCUUGGUCGCGAUCCACUCCUCUCUGGCACGCUUAUUCCGGAACUUCAUCAACAUCACAGUGUCAUGGAUCUCUUCGGGUGACGGCCGCGCCUCACGUUUCAGCCACGUCGGGGCAGGGUCAGGAAUCUCGACAGGAUACGUCUCGAACUUUGUGACAUGCGGUGAAAACGCUGCCUGCAUGCGUAAACGGGCGACCAUGGUGUCCAAUUUAUGGGUUGGCUCAUCGGGGAGUCUUCCUCUCUGGACGAGAUCUCGGUCUGCUGGUUGAAUGUUGCGCUUCAUCUGGGAAGCAAAAAAGUAAAACAUGCAUGUCAGUGGUCGUUGAGAGUCGGCGAUUUGACUGUUUCGGUGCAGCUGUCCACCGACAUCCCGCGCCGCCGACGUUGCGUCAGUGUCGGUCCUUCUCAACAACAUUUAGAAGUAUUUCCAGACGGUACGCUGGUGCUCUUGGUGUCAGCCGAGAGAGGACAUAUAGAAGUUCGAAGAUUUGUAUCAAGUAGUUGGUUGGAAAUAUUGUGGUCGGCCACAAGAUAGCUGGUGAGCCUAAUCUCGACACAAAUCCCAGACAGGUCGAGAACACUUCCCCCGCAUUCGAGGUGUCUUUGGAUGGAGGUUGAUGUAUAUACGGAUAUGGGGUAUGGAGUUAUGAUGGACAUGGGUGUAAGCAAGUGAUGACGACGUGACGCCUAACGUUGCAACAGGUGAUUGUUUGAUGGGCACUUGUGCAACAGACUUGUCCAGGUAUGGACAGGUACCUCCCUAGGUAGAUGGGCAUAUGUGGUACCUAUUACUUGGUUGAGCUUUGUAACAUUUGUCACUUGUAUCUGUGCUAAUGUUGCAGACAGCAUGCCUACAGAAUUGGUCAAGAUAUUCCGGGGCAGGAUGAUUUUCCAUGGCUUGCUGUCUACUGUUUACCUGAGUACUCCUUGAAAGAAGUCAAUGGC